GCGAGAUGGGGCGCCCGUGGUGUCGUGAGUGGCGGACCGGCCGACGCCGACCCCCGCCGCUGCCGCUGCCGCUGACCUCCCCGCGUCUGCUCGUCUGCUGUGGGAUCGUCCUCAUCAUCGCAGCCUCAGGUGUGGUUGGCGACUUCAGUCCAAAAUACUGCAGUACCAACCCUUGUCAGAAUGGGGGAAUCUGCUACGAAAUGCUAUCAUCCAUCACUAAUGCUGUGUAUUUGAGCGACGGACUACGGGGCUCCGUCAGCCGGCCAAACUCCGUCGGCGAAGGCAGCGCCGCCUCUCCCAAACUCUCAACCACUGGUGGCGCCACUACCACCGUGAGGUCCAUCGCAGGAGGGUACCGUCCCGAGGCGGCGGAGGAGGCACCAUCCACAUCAUCUCGGCCAGCACAUACCAGCUCGACAAAGACAAAGUCUUUAUCAACCAGCUCAAUCACAGCAAACAGUCUAACAGAAGCAGCCACUACGACGACCACCAUCGCUUCUACCAUCCGUGUCACCUCAGCCGCUGCCGCCGCCGCCAUCUCCGCCGCCGCUGUCACCGCCAGUCCGCCCACUCCCGGCGCCAACUCCAAGACUGCCUCUGCCUCCCAUCCGUCUCGGGCAGGUCCCAAACCAUCCCCUCCCCCGUCCACUCCGUCUGAGCUGCAGUACACGGUGGGCGUGUACCAGCCCGAGCAGGAGGCGCCUCUGACGCUGUGUCCGCCGCCGUUCCUGCUGAUUCGCGGCCUCUGUCUGUACCUGAGCGACAGCCGGCAGGGCGCCGAGGACAGCCGCCGGCUGUGUCGCAGCCUCGGUGGGCGACUCGCCGAUGUUGGUGACGAGGAGUCGCUACUGCUGACGCGGCUGGUGUGGCCGCCGCCGCCGCCGCGCGGUCUGUACGCCUGGGUGGACGGCACCGUGGGCCAGGUGGGGCGGCGCCGCCAGCGCCGCACGCUGAUCGGGCGCCGUCUGUGCACGGCCGCCACGGCCGCUACCGGUCAGCUGGCGCUGAGACACUGCGAGGAGCCGCACCGCGGUCUGUGCGAGCGGCAGCCGCUGAACACGGCGCCCCAUCGGCCGAGGAGGAGUCCACGGAGCCCUCCGUCCAGCGCACCGAGUCCUAUGAGCUUUCCAGAGGAGGAGACCUGCCACUGUGAGGAGGGAUACGGAGGCGACGACUGCGUGAAGGCCCUUGAGAACGACGGACAUGAGUUCGAGUACUGCCAGGACACGAAAAUCGGUGGCGCAUCUGGAAAAGCAAUCAUAGUGGACUUUGGUGCCAUGGGUCGCUUCCCAUGGGAGACGAGUCGCCCGCCGGUUAACUGUCCCAGCCCGGACGUGCCCCUUCCGGCUGACUCCGACGGCUGUGUCGUGCCUUCUAGCGAAGCUAUCCUACGCUACUGGUGUCAGGGAAAGAAAGAAUGCACUCCCAACAUCGACUUGCUAUCUGCCUACUUCACUGAUGCCUGUCACUAUGACGAGGACGGCGGAUUAGACGUAUCGAUGCGGCUCUACCUUCGCUACCGUGACGACAGUCAGUCUAGCGACGUCAGCUUCUGUCGCCACGGGGGCACCUACGACAGGGACACGCGCACCUGCUACAGCAUCACCGACUCAGAAGGCGACUUUGAACACCAGGUAACGACGUGCCGAGAUAUGGGAGGUGAUAUAAUCUACAGUCUCGACAGCGCCGACUACCCGGGGUAUUUGAGCCUACUCAAAAAGCUGGCUGCCGACGCAGGUCUCUCCAGUAAUGAGGAUAUCUGGCUGAUGGGCACUGCCGACGCCGAGGAACCGAGACCGGUGGUGGACAUGAAUCACAUGCCCAGCAAGCCGUAUCCGUGUCUCUCCCUGAAAACCGGCUCGGAAAAGACGUGCGGCGUCGGCAAGGAACAGCAGCUGUACACAGUGUGUGCCCUGCCGCCGUGGCCGGGCCAGCCGGCUCCCCAGUGUCCCCCGGUGCGGUUUGACGACUACGGCCUGACGUUUCCCGAGACAGCGGGCGGGAAAACGGUGACCCAGCCGUGCGGCGCGGGCUACACGGGCUCUGCCAGCUACCUGUGCGGCGUGGACGGACAGUGGAGCUCGCAGUACCCCGACCUCUCUGGCUGCCGCUCGGACAACAUCAACACCGACGAUGCCAAAAAGCGUCUGGACAAGGGCACAGAGCCUGUCUCGGACAUCGUCUCCGACCUGGCAACCAACGUCACCAGGCAGACGUCACAGAACAAGCCGCUGACGUCAGGUGACGUCAUCAACUCUGUGCAGCUGCUGCCACAGAUGGUGUCCGCUCAGCAGGCCCAGCUCAGCGGACAGGCCGACCAGCAGACUGUCGCUAAACAGUAUCUGGGUAGCGUAACCAGUCUUGUCGGCGGCCUGACGAGCGGCGAGACGUCUUGGCACGGCAUGUCCGAGACUGAGCGUUUCGAUACGUCCACGGUCCUGCAGCGAAACGUGGAACAGUCGGCCUACCUGCUGGCAUCCUACCUGGACAACCAGCACGAGGACUUCAGCGAGAGCACCAUCCGUCUUCGCACGGGUCGGUACAGCUCGCUGAAGGGUAACCUCGAGUACCGCACACAGCAAGGGUCCACUGUGACGCUGCCGGACGAGGUCGGUAGGUUCAACGAUAGCGGCAGCACCACCAUCGUCUUCGUCGAGUACGGCAACCUGGACUGCCUGCUUGGCGCAGAGAAGUGCAGCACCCCUGAUGAGUUGCGUCAGCGGACCGACCUGCAGUACGAGCGGUUCGUGAACUCGCCGGUGGUCAGCGCCAGCGUCGGCAACACCUCCGUAACGUUCGAAAACUCCAACGUGACGCUCACCUUCAAAACUCGCCUCUCGGCCGCCAGCUUCAACGUCUCAAACUACCUGUGCGCCUACUGGAACGAGAAAACAGAACAGUGGGCUGACGACGGCUGCACUUUGGGAAGAAUAACAAACGAAUCGGUGGAGUGUCUGUGUAACCAUCUCACCAGUUUCGCCACACUGAUGGAUAUUAACGGCGUCAUUGAGGAGGGCUCGGCUCUGGACCUGGCGCUCAGCUGGCUCACCACCAUCGGCUGCGUCAUCAGCCUCAUCAGCCUGGCCAUCUGUCUGCUGGUCUUCACUGUCAUCCCGACGCUGAGGAGCGAGCGGACCUCGGUCCACCGCAACCUCUGCUUCUGCCUCUUCACCGCCGAGUUUAUACUCCUCGCCGGUUUGCAGCCCCACGGUAACCCGACGGGCUGUGCUAUCGUUGCCGGUCUGUUGCAUUUCUUUUUCCUGGCUGCGUUCGCCUGGAUGUGCAUUGAAGGAGUUCAGAUUUAUCUGAUGGUUUACAAAGUAUUUGCUUCGAGAAAGUCGCACAUGCGCUACUUUUAUGCCUGCGGCUAUGGCAUUCCGGCACUCAUUGUAACCAUAUCGGUGUCAGUCACGAAAGGAGAAGGCUACGGCUCCGAGACAGCAUGCUGGCUGAGCACCGAUAAUGGACUCAUCUGGGCAUUUGCCGGUCCUCUCCUCUUCGUCGUUUUGGUGAACAUAUGCGCUCUGGUAAUGGCUCUGCGAGUGACGGCACGCGCCCCCAAGGGUCGCAGCACCAAGGCCCCGCCGCAGGCCUCCACCUGGAUCCGUGGCUCGGCCUCUCUGGUCGCCAUCCUGGGCACCACCUGGCUCUUUGGAUUCCUGUACUUCACCAACGGGCUGCUGGCUUUCUCUGUCAUAUUCACAAUUUUGAACUCCCUGCAAGGGUUCUUUAUCUUCCUUUUCCACGUCUGGCUGAAUGACAAGAACCGAACAGAAGCGCAACGUUUCGUGUGGAAGACAACGAACCGUAUGGGUCUCACGGAGCACGACCUGACCACCACCUCGGCGGCACAUACCUCGAGGGCGCACGGUGGACACACAGUGGAGACAUCGGUGGCCGCCCCGGCCGUGUCUCCCCGACCAAACGGCACCAACGGCACCAACGGCACCAGUAACGGCACCAACCAGACGCCCAAGAAGGCCGGUGGAGCUGGCAACCUGGUCACAAGAGCUCUGCGGCGGGUGAACGGUCAACGCAUCGGGGAAUCAAUCAACGGGGAGGCGCCUAGCCCGACUGCCGAGAGCCGCAGGCCUCUGCAGCACGCAGCCGGGAGCCAGGCGAAUACUGGUGGCGAUGCAGCCUGAGACUGGCGGUAAACUGAGCUUGGAAGGACCUCAC